ACCAAAACUGUAUUUUGUACAGAUACCUAGUGUACGUCCUGCAGCGUUCAAAACGAACGUAGCUCUUGAAGGAAUAAUAACAAUUAACAACAACAACAACAACUAUAAUAAUUUCAGACUUUAUAGCUAAUACAAUCUUAAGCUAGGAUGAUCAUAUAGAAUAAGUGUGCUUAGGGAAACACAAACGGCUGUUUACACUUUACAGCAGUCGGUUUCUAUCGAAGUAUCCGUGCUACUGCAGCAGCCUGUAGAAUUUUGUUCGGCAUUCUAUAUUAUUCAAGGCAAAAACAUGAUGGACAUAGAAUGUAUUGAGGCUCUAGUGAAUGAUUUAAAAGAAAGGCGCAAUAAGUUCGAUAAAGGCAAGCUGGAACAAUUAAUAGAAAGCAACAAUCCAAAGGACAAAAAAGCACUGAACUCUAUGAUUAUUGAUAUCUUAGAGUGCGAUGACACUGACGCAAUGGAAAUUAUACUAGCAAAUGAAGGGAUCGACUUUAAUGCCAAAGAUUACGAGGACAAUACUUGCUUGUCAGUAGCAGUCUCGGCAGGCAGUAUAUACACUGUGAAACUACUUCUUGACUGCAUGACAGAAGGAGAUGUUCGCAAAUACAACGAUCGGGGCCUUUUAAACUUCCGAUAUCCAAAUAUUCUGCCAAAUUUGUGGUUGGUGGAAGACAUCGUAACAAUUUCCCACCUUUUGUUGGAGAAAAAAAUCAACCUUACACUGGAGCACAAAUUGGCGAUUUUAGAAUUUCUCGUGCACAACACCGACGAUUGCGACUGCGCCAGUUUAGACUUGUCGCCUCGCCAACUGAGGAAAAAUAUAGAAGACCUCGUGAAUUAUGGCUCGCCAGUACACGUUGGUAAGGUCAUAAAUAAAAUCAAGCGACAGAUAGCAGAUCAAAUAGCUACAUUGGGAGACAACGUUUAUUUAAUCGAGUGUGUCGCAAAACCACUCAGUCCUGGAAUAAUGUUCAAAUUGUACGUUGACGAAGGUAUUCGAAAAAUAGUAAAUGACAUGGAUCGCGACUGGGAGAAUUAUUUUAUAUGCGAAAGCUAUCACGAUUUUGAGUUGGAGCUGAUGAAAAGCCAUAAAUUACGAAAAAAUAAUAGACUUUCAUUGUACGAUGUGCUCACCAAGAAUCCUAGUGAAGCUUAUCGCCAUAUCAGUAAAUUUGAUUGUGAUCAAUUGAGUAAGAAAUACAAGUUUGCCGGUGAUUAUAUAAAGGGACUCAAGGCAAGAUCUCUGAUUAGACAUCAGGUCGAAGAGUUUCUUCCCGAUUUUAUGAAAGUGUUGUUUCCUCUGUUACCCGAUAUAUGUUUUAUCAAAAUUUUUUCUUACUUGUGUGAAUUAAGUAAUGAGGAUAUACUUGCGAAAAUUUGUCAUGUUGCUAUUGCUAAAGAAAAGAUUCCAAGAUGUCGUAAAGUAAAUAAUAAUGCUGAAUUCUAUGAUUAAUUUUCACACCAUUUCAAGUAAAAAUAAUGUUAAUAAUUUUAUUUUUGUGAAUAGAAAUGAAAAAAACGUAAUCAUGACGUUUUAUUUUUCAAUACUCCAGGUUGAAAAGAUAAACUCACAGUGUGGAAACAUAUAUCCCUUACGAUUAUUAAUCAUUCAAAUUCGUACGCCUACGGCUUUUAAGAAUUCUCUUAAUUCCAAAUGAAUUAUUCAAUCUCGAAAAUUCGGUCAAAUAAUUAUACACUUACAACAAUUUGCAGGCAAGCUUAUAUAAGAGAAGUUCGCUUAAAAAUUGAUAUUUUAAAACAUAAUUUAUAAAGUGGAUUAAGACCCUUUAUGACCAAAAUUUAUAACAUUGAACGAAAUUAAUUAAAAAAAAAUUGACUCGAAAAUUUUUGUAUACUUACUUUCAAUUAUGCUUCAAUCAAGUUGGUAAUCAACCAUUCCAGGAAUAUAUAGGUAUUGCAGUUUCAAUUUCUUCAAUUUAUUUUUAAAGUCGGCAAAAAUUAUAUCAAAGUUUCAAAUCCUUCGUAAUUGGAAUUGCGGGGGCUGGGAAGAGAGUCGUUUGACCGGUAACUGUGGGGAUUCUCAAUUCCAUAUUGGCUCUAUACAAGUGUUCAUUAUUGCGUAUUCGAUUUCGAUUUGUGGCAAUGUUCGCCACGCAUUUUCAUAUUUCCUUAGCCUAUUGUUGUUUCUUUGCCUUCGUUGUCACUGGUAGCGUCAUUUAUAUCUAUAAAAGUAAUAGUUACUUUUGAAAAACAUUACAGAUUCAGACAAUGAUAAUAGAAAAAUCUACUUUCUCUUGCAUCCUUAAUUUUAUUACCGUCUGUGUAGGAAGCGAAACAAACUCUAGCAAGAACUGAUUUAAUUAAAGAUAAAAAUAUCCAAUUUAAUCUGAUAAAUAAGUUGGUUAUUCUAUACUUGAACAGAAAACUGAUGACUGACAAUCAAGUUACCAACAUAUAUGUAAGGAUAAUAUAAUAUUAUGACGUAACAGUAAAUAUAGACACUAAUAUAUCUUAUAACUCUUCAACUUACAUUGCGAAAGUUUUACGUAAAGUCAGCAAUGACAUUUCUUCAGGCAGUCACAAACUUAAUAUUGACAUCUUUUCAUUCUACUAGUCAACCUUAUAUUAGUCAAUCACUCAGCCUUGGAUUUAUAUUUGAUAUAUACAUGAAAGAAGGUAUUAUGAAA